AUGAGCACUGGAACUGGAAUUCCACGCCCCGAAGAUUACGACGGUGCAAUCUUGGCACAUAGAGGCUUCGUAUCGUCCAGUGUCGUGCUUUUACUUGAUGACGGCAGCUUGAAUGAGCGAACCGCCUGGUUCAAUCAGAUCUGCGAUUUUAUGGCAGGCCUAGCAUGGGAGAAAGAACUUCACUGGAAGAUCAUCGUGGCCAUAGGAAAGGCCAACGGCGGGGACGAAGGGGCUUUAGGGCGCGUCCAACAAGUGCUCCAGCCCAUCAUCCAUAAAAGCCACUUCUAUGACAAGGCGCUCAACACUCGUUCACAAUUGGUCGAGUUCCUCAGAUGGGUUCCCAAGGUUCAAGGAUACAGGCAGCCCUUAGACUUGACCCGGGAGUUGAGCCUUCUGAGGAUACGUUUACGGGCGAAACAUAGUCUGAAAUGGCUCUUGUAUCUUUGGGUCUCUACAAACGUCUCUUGCAAAGGUCGUGUCAGCCACUAG